AUGGCGGCUGGGGUGAAAAUCGCCGGAAAUCGCUCAAAAUACAUAGAGAUGAAUGGACUUGCUGGAUGUGAACUGUUGGAGGAUGGCAAACCAGGACCAAUGUUCAACAAGGAUGCUUAUAAUGGAGAGGAUGUAGAGGUAGAGUAUUAUGAUGCCAUUCAAGAUUCUCUUCACACCGAUCGGAAGUUGCCAGACAUGAACAGUUUCAUGUGGAAUCACUUCUCUCCAACGCGAUAUGGACUGAUUUAUCAUCCCAACUGCAUAAAAUUUCUAAAAGAACGUCUUGAAAAAGAAAAGAAGCGCGUGCUAAAGAAAGUAAAACCCAGAGUCAGGCUCCUUCGGCAGACACUAGAGGACUCCUCGGUUCGCCUAACUUGCCUGGCCACUGGUUUCUACCCCCGUCACAUCAACCUGACCCUGCUCAGAGACGGCCAGCCUGUGCCUGACCACCAGAUCACUGGGGGGGAGCUGCUACCUAAUGGAGAUGAGACGUACCAGAUGAGGAAGAGCCUGGAGGUCAGCACAGAGGAGCUACAGCAGCAUCACUACACCUGCACAGCUCAACACCUCAGUCUGGACAACAAACUGGACAUUGAUUUAGGUGGAGGCUCCCACUUGAGUGACUACUCGACUACAAGCACAGAGGACAUGCAGACAACCACAGCAAAAGAAGUGCCAAAGAACCCUAAGACAUAA